GAGAGAGAGAGAGAGAGAGAGAGAGAGAGAGAGAGAGAGAGAGAGAGAGAGAGCCGAUACCGCACCUUCAAGACGAAGUAUGGCGAUGACUGGCCAGAGCUCGUGUGCUUCGAUGAGUAACCACACCAAGGAACGGGUCACCAUGGCCAAAGUGACCCUGGAGAACUUCUACAGUAACCUCAUUGCUCAGCAUGAGGAGAGGGAGAUGAGACAGCAGAAGCUGGAGAAGGUGAUGGAUCAGGAGGGGCUGGCUGAUGAAGAGAAACGUGUCCGGCGUUCUGAGCAUGCCCGGAAGGAAACAGAGUUCCUGCGUUUAAAACGCACUCGGCUGGGACUGGAGGACUUUGAGUCCCUGAAGGUGAUUGGCAGAGGAGCCUUUGGAGAGGUUCGCCUGGUACAGAAAAAAGACACGGGGCACGUCUACGCCAUGAAGAUACUCCGUAAAGCUGACAUGUUGGAGAAAGAACAGGUGGGCCACAUCCGUGCCGAGCGAGACAUUCUGGUGGAAGCAGACAGCCUGUGGGUGGUGAAAAUGUUCUACAGUUUCCAGGACAAGAUGAACCUCUACCUGAUCAUGGAGUUUCUCCCUGGAGGAGACAUGAUGACUCUGUUGAUGAAGAUGGACACUCUGUCAGAGGAAGCCACUCAGUUCUACGUUGCAGAGACGGUGCUGGCCAUCGACUCCAUCCACCAGCUGGGCUUCAUCCACAGAGACAUCAAACCUGACAACUUGCUGCUGGACGCCAGAGGUCACGUGAAGCUGUCGGACUUCGGCUUGUGCACCGGGUUGAAGAAGGCUCACCGCACAGACUUCUACAAAAACCUGAAUCACAGCCUGCCCAGUGACCUCAGUAAGCAAACCUUUCAGAACAUGAACUCUAAGAGGAAAGCCGAGACCUGGAAGAGGAACAGGAGGCAGCUGGCCUUUUCCACAGUGGGAACCCCAGAUUACAUCGCUCCUGAGGUAUUCAUGCAGAACGGAUACAACAAGCUGUGUGACUGGUGGAGCCUUGGUGUCAUCAUGUACGAGAUGCUGAUCGGGUAUCCUCCGUUCUGCUCCGAGACGCCUCAGGAGACCUACAGGAAGGUGAUGAACUGGAGAGAGACGCUCACCUUUCCCCCAGAAGUGCCAAUAUCAGAGAAGGCUAAAGACCUCAUUCUCAGGUUCUGCAGUGAGGAGGAGCACAGGAUCGGUGCUGCCAGGGUGGAGGAGAUCAAGUCCAACCCGUUCUUUGAGGGGGUGGACUACGACCACAUCAGGGAAAGACCUGCUGCCAUUACCAUAAACAUCAAAAGCAUUGACGACACGUCCAACUUCGACGAGUUCCCCGACUCGGACAUCCUCACUCCAACUACCACCCAAGUGUCCAAUCACAGCGAGGCUGACCUGAAGAACAAGGACUGGGUCUUCAUCAACUACACCUACAAGCGCUUUGAGGGUCUGACGGCUCGAGGAGCCAUUCCAUCCUACAUGAAGUCAGGGAAGAGAUGACUGGCUGGAAUUGGACCCUGAAGGAAUGCUGCUGCUGUGUGUGUGUGUGUGCAUGUGUGUCAAAACACACACACCUCUGCUCAGUUAUCAGAGCAGCAGCCAGCAGAGAACCAACACAGCUCAUCCUCAUUCAUUGCUUUCCAUAGGAACCUUCAAGGAAACUUGCUGCCUUCACUUUAGUCCAAGCUUCUGAGGGUACCUCUCCACUUCCCGUUGUCGCAGACUUGAACUGGGAUGAGUCAGACUUUCUUCCUCUGCACCAGGGAACGGUGCAUUUUGUCUCCAGGUAACCAGCAUCAUUACAUUCCCCUCUCUGUACCAGCAUCGUUGGCUCGGAUCUACCAAGGGCUCUUCCUCCAGACGGGAGCGUUCUCUCCUCGCUCUGGGGGCUUCAUCAGCUCAGACAUCGUUUCGAGUCAUCGCUUUGAAGUGAACCGGGCGCUCUUCAGGGAUUCUGUCCUCGUUCUUUUCUUUCUCAACAUCACCUAACCAAAGACUGAAAGAACGUCUGCUCCAUCUUCCUCUUGGAACUUUUUCCCUAAACUUCCAACUUUGUACUUUUCUAGGAUCCAGAUUUGCACGGUUUCGCUCUUUAACGAAUGCAAAACGUGGGCGAAUUAUGCAUUUUGUGGAACAAACACAAGGUCUUGUUACAUUUUUGUGAUGAAGCACGUAAACUUCAGCACCUUAGGUGAAGUGGCUGAAGAUCCAGCACAGCUAGCACCUCCCCCAGCCUGCUAGAUCCUGCAUUGUGUAAAAGCUUUUUUAAAAAUACUACCUUUUAAUAAUAAGUAGGGGGAUUUGAUUAUUUUAAAUUGGGCAGUGGUUAAUGGCGUCGCUAUGAAAACAAGAGGCUUUCAUAGUUCAGGUCCUGGUUGAAGAAGCUUCAAUAAAAUAAAAAUAAAAAGAUAAAUACUCUUCUACCAUUCUUCUUUACUUUCAAGAAGUGACAUCAGAUCCCAGAUCAGCUUAUAAACACGUGAAUGCGUUUCAGUAAACGUACAGCUUAGACUUGCUCGUCGCCUAGGAAACAGCUUGGCUGCCUUCCAGCCGAGAAGCUCUUCCAGCAGAACGUUCUCACACACACACACACACACACACACACACACACACACACACACACACACACACACACACACACACACACACACACACACACACACACACACACCUCCGACCCUGCUGUUCUCCAACAAUUCAUCUGAGGGAUUCAGUUAAUUUCAAACAGUUCAUUUGACUCGUUGAUAAAUGGCUAAUUGGAGCUAAUUAAUAAACCUGUCAAGAGAUUUAAGAAGAAGAAAAAAUCUACUUUGACUUGUUUUGACCCAAGACAUGAAUUGCUGGGUUUUAUUAACCACAGGAAGUAAAACACGUCCAGUUAGGCUCCGACUUUACUCCCCCUGGCAGGUUCUGAUUUAACGUAAUCCUUUGGACGAUUCAACGGGACGUGAAUCUGACAGAACCAAAGAUCAGGGUGAUGGAGCAGAGGACCGCCAACCUCUAAGAUGUGAAGCUCAUCCUUAAAAAAAUCAAAAACAGAUGGAGGCGAAAACACGCAGAAACUGGUCGACACAUAUAAAAAGAGCCACUAAAGGCUUUUCCAUGGCUUACCGAGUUUGUUUUUCUUUUUUGUUAAACUGUAAGAAAUUUUUAUUUCAUUUCCCAUUUUGGUGGCCCGGCUAUAGGAAGUGCCUGCGCCAGUUUCCAACCAUAAUCCCAAAGCAAACAUAAGAACUACCAGUAAAUCUGCCAGGCACAUUAAUCAUUUUCAGCGUAACUGUAUGUGAAAUGAAGCCCCUAAAGAAAAAAUUUGGUUCCACAUGCAGAUUAUUCCUGGUUCUCCUCUAAGCCCCGCCCUCUUUCUGCUGCUUUAACCGCUCACAGCAUUGCAGUCGUUCUCCACCUGCUCACGUUUGCUUAGCCAGCUGGAACGUCAGCUGAGGGUCCAGCUGUGUCGGGCUGUCGGGUCGCCUCUCUGAGAAUCUGCACAUGUUGCUGGUUUGUACCUAAGAAAUCCUCCUGAGCAUCCGCUUCAAGCACAGCAACUAAGCUCCAGUUUGGAUGUUUCUUAUGUAGCAUAGGGCUGAAAACUUUCCAGUGAACACAAUAUCCAAUAUGCUGUCUUAUUUUAUUUAAUUUUUUUUUUUUUUUUUUUUUUUUUACAAAUGAAUGUAAAUUUUCGCAGUUUGAUUUUUAGUUUUACUCACAGGAGUUUGAAUAUGUUGCUGUAAAUGAAGCCUGGACCACGUAUGUUUUCAUUUUAAUUGGACUUUGACACUUUUAAGUUAUGAGGUGACGAUCUGUCGAAGCCCAUUUCCGCCCGGUGACACCAGCAGACGCAGGAAGUAGGAAAAGCUUUUAAUUUUUGUCAAACGUUUUUGAGUUUUCCCACAUAAAAAGUGACAAAGAAACCGAAAUGAAAACUGUUUAGAAGGUGACAAUCUUAUGUUUCCAGAUAUUUAAAAACAGAAUGUUAAGUGACCGAAAGGUGUAUCUUUUAGUCUAAUUUCCAACUACUUCUUCUUUUUUUUUUAUUAUUUUUUAAAUCUAUCCAGUCCAGCAGGAAUGGUCUUCCGUAUCAGUUGCGCAAUAGUGUGUUCAGGUAGUGUGUAGAUGGGAAGCAGCACAUUAUACAAUGUUUUAGAGAAGCAUGUGGUGGAGCUUUUUAUUUAAUUAUAUAUAUAUAUAUAAAUAUAAAUCUAUUUUUUAAACUGCUUGUGCUGUUGAAGAGCUCGUGCUUUUCAGGCUUUAACCACACAGCAACAUGUACGCUGAGAGCAAUACAACACAUGGAGUGAUUUCUGAAAAACGUGUGGCUGAGAUUUUAAGUCUCUGGGACAGGAUGGCAUGUGGGUCUGUGUGGAGUGUUUCUGUUUUUGUUUUCAUUUUUGGUAGAAGUUGCUCAUGUGUGCAUGUAACAUAUGUUGCGUCUGGGAUUUGGGAAGCUGAGUGUACAAUAUUUAAACUACUUGGUAUGUAUUGUGUGACUGGUGUAUUGUUUUCUGCUAUUUGACAAUGAAUUACUCUGCACUUAA